CCAGGCUACAGGCCCCUCUGCCUGCUCCCAGCAAGGGCACUGAACUGGUGCCUCCGGCUUGCCUGUGGCUGCAAGCUGGUCCCCAGAGGAGGAAUGUGCCAAGCCUCCUUGGAGCUGAGGCUCACGCUCAAGCCACCCACAGCAGAGGCAACACCAGCCCCUGGCCUCCAGAGGAGGUGCUGAGGGUGGUCCCCGACCACUGCCCUGGACCCUCCCUGGGAUCCCAGAGGAAGGGUGCCCUCCCUGGGCUUUGGGUGUAAUUUGAGCUAUUUUUAGGUGGCUGCCUGGGCUGGGGGUGGGGUUACCAGGGCUGGGAGGUGGGGGUGACUGAGCUAUAAACCAUGGGAGCGCCAGGCAUUCAGCUCCGAGUGAGGAGACAUCAGUGCUAGAACCUGUGGACAUGGUGUACCCCUGCAAGGAUCCCUGGGCACUGCAGCCCCGCAAGGCAGAUGGCGCUGUCCACACAGUGCUCACGCUGGGGACGCCACGACCUCUGUCCUAGGACCACCGGAUCUGGUUGUUGAGUGGGCUCUACCUCAGCCCCGGCUGCCUCGGCUUCCUGGCACUGGCCUACUCCAUCAAGUGGCUCUGUAGGCCUGAGACCAGAAGGGCUGCUGGGGACCUGGAGGUGGCACGGCGCCUGGGCUCCAGGACCAAGUGCCACAACAUCCUGGCUACCAUCUGGACGCUUAUGCUGCUGGUGCAGGCUGGGGCCACCCCAUGCCUGCUCUGCCUGGGGGAGGGGCUCACUGUCGGCCUGGAGCCCCCAGCGCAACACCUGCCGUGCAGGAGGCCCAGCUGUUCCCUGGAAGUCCCAGAGGGCAGUGUCCAGUCAGCCAUGGAGGUGAAGAUGUGCUCCGAGGCCCCAGCGUGA